CCAGCGCGCUCUGCUCUGUUGCUCUACAGCAAUACUGAGGCAAAUAGAAAAUGCGGCAGGUGCCAUUUUCACACGCAUGGGUGCAGAGUACUAAUAGUUGAGGAAAUAUGGACGGUGUUAAAUUUAGGUGUUUCAUCCACAAUACAGUACAAGCAAACACAGCACAUUUCCUUGUCAUAGCGAGGUCUCCCCUCUGCUGCUUAAUUCUCUGCUCUCCAGAUCCAGCUGCUCUCCUACUGAUGGGGCUCUGACAGUACAGACGGACCCAACGCGACCGCGACACAACCAUCCCUCCUAAAACGGAAUAUGCGUAAACGCACGGCACAUUUUGGGGAGAGACGCCGCACAGUCACAGCAAGCGACUAAUGAGACAAUAGCCUAUUUCUCACCAUCAACCUAAAAUACAUAUCGUGCUUCGUGGUCGGUCUGGAACGUUCCGGGGUUUCCUUUUCGAGAGCGUUCGUCCCCCCGGUGUGAUAUUUGACAGGUCUCUUUGUUGGGUGGAGUCAAGUCCGGAAUUCUCGAUAUCGGAAUCAUCACUGGCAUCAUUUCAGGUCACCAUCAUGAAGGACAGUGUGGUCAACAACAGCACAGCCAGCAUCUCCCACGCCAGGAAAGCUGUGGAACAACUCAAGAUGGAGGCUUGUAUGGACAGGAUAAAGGUGUCCAAAGCAGCAGCGGACCUGAUGGCGUAUUGCGACGCCCACAUACGUGAGGACCCCCUCAUCGUGCCCGUGCCCGCCUCGGAGAACCCCUUCCGGGAGAAGAAGUUAUUCUGCACCAUCCUCUGAUGCCCAGUAGGGGGCAGACCAGCCUUAGGCCGGGCCCUGGUUCAGGCAUGGAAUAACGCCUGGCGUCUCCUCUUCUGUCUUCACCGUACCUGAAGCUACAACACGCUGUGAACGUAACCAGGAAGUGACUGCCCUUUCAGCCUUGUAGUUUUUCAACUUUUAGAGAUUUUUUUUUCUUUUUUCUAAUGGUCUUCAAGUGCAAAUAAAAAACAUGUGAAAAUGUUCUUCAUUAAAAAAAAGCUUCAUGAAAAGGCAUCUGAUAGAAGUAAAUUCAUCCACAAACACGAAUAUAAUUACACGAAUAUAAUUACACAUAUCACAAAUGUUAUGAUAUAAUCUUGAAGCCCAUAGAAAAGAUGGGCACAGUAAAGUGGAAGUGAUAAUUCCUUUCACAGUGAACUAACUUUACUACCAACUGGCAUAACAUGUUACUGGCUACUGUUGAAUUGAGGUUGCCAGGUACACCCUGUAGGUGUUGGUCAGCUCUGUCCCUAGGGGCUGAAGGGUUGGGUGGAUUAGAUACCUUCUAAAUCUAGCAACCCUAGUGAGUUUAGUUGAGUGUAAAAGUCCGACUCCAGUUAUUUGAGAACUUUUCCCUUUAUUCCAAAUAUAAAUACAUUAAAGUACAACAACAAAAAUGUUUAAAAGAAAAAUGUAGUUUUUUUGUUUUUGUUUUUACACAAUUGCAAAAUUCAAGAUGGUCUAAUGCUGCACUCUGUUAUCAGCCUGUCCCCUUGCUUGAGGAAACAAUAGAGCAGUAAUUGAGGACAAAAGAGAGAGCCCCCCCCCACCUACUGUCAUGAGAAUACCUGAAGCACCUUUCGAGAUGUACCUUUUGUUAAGUAAAUCAUGUGAUAGAUGAGGUUCCAGGGAGGCUGGAGUGAGUCUUUAACGUCUCCUGUAUCUUUGAUAGGUUGGAUAUUAGUGUUUUGGUUUGUAAAAGUCUGGUAGCUGUCCUCAAAAUGUGCAAGUUUUCCAGAAAUCCUGGUUGGAAGAUUCCUGGAAUUAUGAGGAGAAAACAGGAAAUCAGUAAUGCUCCAACAAUGAUUCCUGGAAUUAUGAGGAGAAAACAGGAAAUCAGUAAUGCUCCAACAAUGAUUCCUGGAAUUAUGAGGAGAAAACAGGAAAUCAGUAAUGCUCCAACAAUGAUUCCUGGAAUUAUGAGGAGAAAACAGGAAAUCAGUAAUGCUCCAACAAUGAUUCCUGGAAUUAUGAGGAGAAAACAGGAAAUCAGUAAUGCUCCAACAAUGAUUCCUGGAAUUAUGAGGAGAAAACAGGAAAUCAGUAAUGCUCCAACAAUGAUUCCUGGAAUUAUGAGGAGAAAACAGGAAAUCAGUAAUGCUCCAAUAAUGAUUCCUGGAAUUAUGAGGAGAAAACAGGAAAUCAGUAAUGCUCCAAUAAUGAUUCCUGGAAUUAUGAGGAGAAAACAGGAAAUCAGUAAUGCUCCAACAACGAUUUCUGGUAAACCAGUGAAUUUGGGUAAAGUUUCCAUAAUUUUGCAACCUUAUUUGUUGGUUGUUAGAGAACAGCCUUAAUUAGUGCUUUAUGAUGAGAUGUUUUUAUUAUCAAUGUGUAUUUUCUGCUUAUUAUGCUGGAUUAUUUUAUUUACAUGCCUCAGGAAACAAACAAACACGGUGGUAUUUUUUAUUUGAUAUAGUCUUUAAAACUGAAAUGCUCUUUGAGUGUAUACCCAUGGUGUGCAUAAAGCACGUCAGUUCCCACUGUCCACCCCCCACCCCCUCACCUACCAAUCUAACAUCCUGCCAUUUGACAGGUUGAUUAAAGUUAGACAGGUUUAUAACCUUUGCCAUAUUCUCUCAUCAACACUCUGUUCUAUUUUACUCUUUUCUGAAUACAUACUCAAUACUCUAAACAAUUGUGAGCUUUGACAUUUAGGAAGAGUGUGGAUGUUGUGAACAUAUUUAUUCUGUUUUCGGCCUACAGGAAACCCUGUGCUUGAGUCCCUUCUGUUGAUAUCGUGUACCACAUAUUCCUUUCAUUUACAGACAAAUCCCCCUAUUUUAACAGCUUUUUAUACCAGCUCUUUUUGUAUAUCUGAGAGGGGUAGUGGGUGAAAAAACAAGGAGGAAUAAAAACCCAUCUAAAGACCUAGUUGCGAUUCCUGCAUUUUCACAGACCCUGUAACCAACAUCCAGGUAUCAGGUCUGUGUGAAUGCUUCUCUGCUUUUUGUUACAUCUGAAAAGGGUAUAAGGGUAUAAAACCCACCCACCUAGUCGUGAUUCCUGCAUUGUCUGUGCGAAUGCUUUUCUGCUUUUUUUGUAGGUAAAUUCAUUAACACUUCCAUUGUUUAACACCUCCCUAACUUGAAAAGCAACCAGCCCCCAUGGUUUAACAACUCCCCACCCCUCCCAGUUUGCCAGUUACCCACUGAUAUGUAUUAAAGGGGUGUACCUGCAGGAGAGUGGUCAAUAAGGGGCUCAUAUAAACAUGACCUUUUCUUUUUUACAGGUAAUAUACCACGUCUUCUGUCUGAAAUGGGUAAAAGAGAUGGAAUAGUUGUUUCUCUAUAGAGUGCACUAUGGACAGCUGUCAACUCUGGGCCAACCCCUCUCAUACACACCUGAGCCCCUGUUCACUAUGUAUGGUUAGACUCAGGUGUAACAUCCAACGAGCAGUUAUUCUAACCAGGCAACUAAAGAUUAAGACACAUUUUAAAGGCAUUACACAGUAUACAGUUAUUAUACUAUAUACAUAUUACAUCUCACCCUUACUUACUCCUCGUGUCCCCCAGGGCUCUGUACUAGGUCCUCUUUAAUGUCUCAUUACUGGUGUCCCCCAGGGCUCUGUACUAGGUCCUCUUUAAUGUCUCAUUACUGGUGUCCCCCAGGGCUCUGUACUAGGUCCUCUUUAAUGUCUCAUUACUGGUGUCCCCCAGGGCUCAGUACUAGGUCCUCUUUAAUGUCUCAUUACUGGUGUCCCCCAGGGCUCAGUACUAGGUCCUAUUUAAUCGAUCCUACAUCAAUCUGAUGGCAAACCAGUCAGAACAUAAACAUUUUGCCCAAAGCCAUCUGAUAAUAUUGAACUUUACUAUUUUUGACAUAACUUUUCUAUGUUUCUUAUUUCAUCGUUUUAUUAUAAAAACCACUUCAUUUGUU